AUGUCUCAAGUUCAGAAAGGUCAGCUUAUAAGAUUGCUAGAAGCUUACCCAGCACAAGUCGUUAUUGUCCCCAUGGGUGAAGUCGCAGCCGUCUCUUUCCAUGAUACUGUAGCUAUUGGCACCAUGGGGCUUGGAUCCUGCUCUGUGAUUAUCAUUGCUUCUGCAGAUGGCGCUAUUCUCGCUCAUAUUCCCCCACGCCCGCCCACUGCACUCUUAUCUGACGUCAAUGCUGGCGACAAUAAUGUCCGCCGCAUGACGCAGCGAGUGCCUGAGUUGUACAGACGUCAUCGCAAUGAGUAUUUCUCCCGCCCAACCGACACGGUGAUUGUGUAUUAUGCGUACGGAGCUGGCGUCAUUGGGUCCGGCUGUGAUGACCUAUAA